UUACACUUUUCCCACGAUGCAAAGUCUUGGAGAAGAUCUAGUGUGUGUCCUUGACCAGCUGGAUGUGAAGCAAGUAAUUGGUUUGGGAGAGGGAGCUGGUGCAAAUAUCAUUGUGAGAUUUGCAAUGGCCCAGCCUGAUCGGGUGCUGGGUAUUGUGUUGAUCCACUGCACAGGCACUACGGCAGGUGUCAUGGAAUCACUCAAGGAUAAGGUGAUGAACUGGAAACUAGAGCAGAUUGGAAUGAACCCCUCAACAGAGGCCUAUCUCUGUCUGCAUCGCUUUGGCUCA